UAAUGUUGAAGAAACUUCGCUCAUCAGUGUUAAAGCCAUAAGCCCUCUUUGAGUGUGUAGUACAGACAAUAAUUUUCCAGGGUGGUAAGAGAGAGUGAAAGCAGAAUGGUGAAGCUCGCAUUCGGGAGCUGCGGUGACUCCUUCAGCGCCACGUCCAUCAGGGCGUACGUGGCGGAGUUCAUCGCCACCCUCCUCUUCGUGUUCGCCGGCGUUGGGUCCGCCAUUGCCUAUGGCAAACUCACCGAGGACGGCGCCCUCGACCCGGCUGGCCUUGUGGCGAUCGCGAUCGCCCACGCCUUCGCCCUCUUCGUCGGUGUCGCAAUCGCCGCCAACAUCUCCGGCGGCCACCUCAACCCCGCCGUGACCUUCGGCCUUGCCGUCGGCGGCCACAUCACCAUCCUCACCGGGAUCUUCUACUGGGUGGCCCAGCUGCUCGGUUCUGCCGCCGCCUGCUUCCUCCUCAAGUUCGUCACCCACGGAAAGGCCAUCCCGACGCACGCUGUGGCGGCCGGCAUGAACGAGUUCGAGGGCGUGGUGAUGGAGAUCGUCAUCACCUUCGCGCUGGUGUACACGGUGUACGCCACGGCGGCGGACCCCAAGAAGGGGUCCCUCGGCACCAUCGCGCCCAUCGCGAUCGGUUUCAUCGUCGGCGCCAACAUCCUCGCCGCCGGCCCCUUCAGCGGGGGCUCCAUGAACCCCGCCCGCUCCUUCGGCCCGGCCGUCGCCGCCGGCAACUUCGCUGGCAACUGGGUCUACUGGGUCGGGCCGCUCAUCGGAGGUGGCCUCGCCGGGUUCGUGUACGGCGACGUGUUCAUCGCGUCCUACCAGCCAGUCGCCGACCAGGACUACGCGUGAAUUGGCGCAUGAGCCGAACGGAUGCUCGACCCGUCUCUGAAUUUGCAUCGUUGCUUUGCUCUUCGUAGUGUGAUGUGAUGAUCAAAGGUUGUGUACAAAUGGUGUGUCACGGUCACGGCCUUCGUGUUUCCCUUUCGAUUCAAUUCCAUAUAAAAUAUUUUCGUUCGGCAGUCCUCGUUUGGAACAAAAAGAAAAAAAAAGGGACUGCCUGUGAACUGGUUUUCUUUUUCA